GUCGAAAAGCAUUUUUGCCGCCCGUUGUAGUUUAGGAGAGAUCCCCCUCUCCCGCCUGACGGUGUUUGGAAAAAAGACUAAAGAGAGAGAGAGAGAGAAAUAAAAGCAAAUCUGUUCUUCAACAAGAAACUGGGAUCAAGAUCGACAAGUUGUUUGAGAUCAAAAACCACGAUUGCCACGCAUAUAUAUAGAGAGCUCAUUGUUUUACGAUGAGCUUCACCCCGUUUGGCGGCUUCCCGACGACGUUGGCAACGAUCCCACAUUUCGCUGUUGGGAAAUUCCAGCAGGCCCAGGACCAGGGGUUUGUUUCAAUACCAUCGUCCCAGGGCCUGCAGAUAGCCGUCAGCACAGUGGACCCAUCACAACUGAAUCAUCACAACCUCAACGGGCAUGUCCAUGUUCCAACGUCCAGCACCCUCCAGAUCCAGAACCAGAUGCUCAAUACGUUAUUGAGCAAAACUGGCCAGAAUGAUGUGUUUGUAAAAGUGGAAACAGAGGCGGAGGAAAACGAAAGGUUUCACCAGCAACACCACCAAGAUAAAAGUGCCCAACAGGACAUUAGUAGUUUAAAUGAAUACCUGUCCCGGUUCUCUGGACCACCCACAUUCCCUUUCCAGCAGAUGUACAAAUACCCCACUGAGCUCAUCCACGUCACUCAGACUGAUGAUCAGCAGCAGAACAUGAUGAAUGACAACUCCCCAUCGGUUCAAACACCUGAGCAGCAACAGUCUCAGGUCCCCAAGAAAGCCAAAAAGAAGAAAAAGAGACGUGAUCCUAUCCCUGGAGUGCCUAUGCCUAGGAGGAGGAGCACGAGUUUGCAGCCAGCGCUGACGACAGCUCUGGAUGGAACGACGCUCUAUGGAUGUCCUCAGUGCCACACGGUCUUCAACAAUCGGGAAGCCAUCGAGACUCACCUCACGAUACACCGAUCGGAGAGACCGUUCAUCUGCAACGACUGCGGUGCAGCUCUGAAACGUAAAGAACAUUUAGAUAGACAUAGGUCUUCGCACAUGACUGAACGCCCACACCCGUGCCCUGUAUGUAGCAAGACAUUCAAACGAAUCGAACACUUACAAAGGCAUUCGAUUAUUCAUCGAACUGAUAAAGUGCACCGUUGUCCUGAAUGUGGUAAAGGUUUCAAUCGCAAGGAUCACCUGACCAAGCACAUUCACUCCCAUAUGGCCAAGAGGAUUAAGCAGGAGCUUGGCCAGCAGCCAGGGAAAGCAGGGCAACAGAACAAUGACAACAAUUCCACCAUCAACAUUCAGCAGCAUCAGAGCGUUUUGGCGCAUCUGCAUUGAGAGUUUUUCUUACGCCUGUAAAAGCAAACAAACCUUCCGCAGGAUCGGUGGUCGGUGGCCUCACAGUAUUCAAAAGUGACUAAAUAUGUUUUUCUUUUUUUUUUCUAUUCUGUCCAAUAAUCUCUUUGAACAGUUGAUUCAUUUUUGUGUUAUUUACCUGUGUUUUUUAAUGUCAUGUUCAUAACACUAGUGCCGAUAAGGAGAGAAAGGGACAAACCACAAACGUUUGAGGCGGCUAAACUUCGGGUCGGGUUGGGGGACAUUUGUCGAUUAGAAACUUGGCCGACAAGUGAAAUUGAAAUAAUCCUUAUACAGAAAAAGAAGUACUGCUAGUCUAGCACACACACACACACCUAUUAUAUACAUGGAAAGCUUCCAUUGAUGUAUUGCAAAAAAAUAUAGAAGCAAGAAAUGAAGAAGAAGCUGGACUUAAAAGAAAACAUUCAGGGACCAAAAUUGGAAAUCACACACACACAUGCGUUACUUACGAUGUUUUUUCUUUUUUUCGAGAGCGUUGGCAUAAUAAUACUCUUUUUUUUUUUGCUUUUUGUCCAUUUCUGUUGCAAAAAAACACAGCGAAGAAAAGUUUGCAAGAAUUUUUCGUUUGGUUUUUGUUUUGUCUUUGUUGAAUUGAAAGCGCCUGUGGACGCAAACUUCGCCAUUGUACUUUCCUAGUGUGCCACACCUGUCCUCACUUAUACCCCUCUUAUGUUAUACUUUUCCCCGUAUCUGCAAGAUGAUCUUUUUUGGUAAAAAAGUCAAUGUCGAAAAGGUAUCCUCCUUACACUCAUUUCUCACAGUGAACGUGAAUGCACGUACCCGUGUCAUUUGUUUUCCAUCCAAUUAUUCAUGUGUGUAUUGCCGAUUAGCAAGGAGACAGCUGAAAUAUACGUGUCACAAUUUGUAAGAUA